AUGCCGGGAAACUCUGACCCAAAUACUAUCCGCAUCCUCGUCUCGACAGACAACCAUGUCGGGUUCGAGGAGAGGGAUCCCAUCCGAAAGGAUGACAGCUGGAAGACUUUUGACGAAAUCAUGAACCUCGCUAGGACUGAGGACGUGGAUAUGGUUCUGCUAGGCGGUGAUCUCUUCCACGACAACAAGCCCUCCCGGAAGUCCAUGUACCAGGUCAUGCGAAGCCUUCGACAGAAUUGCCUGGGCAUGAAGCCGUGCGAGCUCGAAUUUCUCAGCGACGCUGCCGAGAUUUUCGAAGGCGCCUUUGGCCACGUGAACUACGAAGAUCCCGACAUCAAUAUAGCUAUACCUGUGUUCUCUAUCCAUGGGAACCAUGACGACCCCAGCGGCGACGGUCAUUACUGCUCCCUGGAUCUUCUCCAGGUUGCCGGUCUCGUCAACUACUUUGGGCGGGUCCCGGAAGCAGACAAUAUCAAAGUCAAGCCAUUGCUGCUCCAGAAGGGUGGGACGAAGCUGGCUCUCUUUGGCAUGGGCAACGUUCGGGACGAGCGCAUGUUUCGUACCUUUCGGGAUCACAAAGUGUCCUUCUACCGCCCCAAUCAGCAGGCCGACAAUUUCUUCAACCUUAUGGUCGUCCACCAAAACCACCAUGCCCACACGGCCACCAGCUACCUUCCGGAAAACUUCCUCCCGGAUUGGCUUGAUCUUGUGAUGUGGGGCCACGAGCACGAAUGUCUCAUAGAUCCCACGAAGAACCCUGAAACGGGAUUCCAUGUCAUGCAGCCUGGCUCGUCUGUUGCUACGUCGCUAAUUCCUGGAGAAGCAGUGACAAAGCACGUUGCCAUUCUGACAAUAACUGGGAAAGAGUUUGCUGUACAAAAGAUACCACUAAAGACAGUGCGUCCCUUUGUAACUCGCGAACUCAUCUUGGCCAACGAGAAAAAGUUCAAGGAUCUGGCAAAAAAGAAAGAUAAUCGUGCAGAAUUGACAAGGCGCUUGAUGGCUGUUGUUGAGGAGAUGAUCGAGGAAGCAAAUGCCGAGUAUUUCGCUCUUCACGAUAGGGAUGAGACAGAAGAGGAUCCACCGCUGCCAUUGAUCCGGCUGAAGAUCGAGUAUACCGCUCCCGAGGGUGGCAACUUUGACUGCGAGAACCCUCAGCGAUUUUCAAAUCGCUUUGCUGGCAAGGUCGCUAAUGUCAACGAUGUUGUCUACUUCCACAGAAAGAAGACAGGAGUAUCUGGACGAAACAAGACUGAUCUCACACUUCCCGAGAUAAACGGCGCUGAGGAAGGAGCUGAUUUCAAUGCAAUCAAAGUUGAAGCGCUUGUUCAGGAAUACCUAGCGGCGCAGUCGCUUAAAAUCCUUCCUCAGGGCGAAUUUGGCGACGCAGUGAACCAAUUUGUCAACAAGGACGACAAGCAUGCCAUGGACACGUUCGUCAGCGGAUCUCUCGCCAACCAGCUUAGAGACCUGCUGGCAUUGGGUGCCGAGGACGACGAUCUUGACGGAGCCAUGCAGAAAAUACGAGACGAGCGGGAACGGCAGUUCCAGGCCGGCCUAGUAAAAAAUGGACCUAAGCGGCAAUACAAGCCGAGGCCUGACGAUUGGGACUCUGACAUGGAAGGCCACUGGGAAAACAAUACCGACGCACUUAUCUCAAGUGCUGCCAGUGUACCACAAUCGGCAGCUUCGCGGCAAGGUGGUAAUACCGGAGCGCAACCUAGCACAAAUCAGAACGACGAAGAUUCGUCUAUGGACGAUUUCGACAGCGUACAACCUGUAGCCAAGUCGACGGCAGCUAGGAGAACCGCUGCCACGCGGACCACCAAGGCUGUAGCACCACGGCAACCGGCGGCAGCGAAGAGAACAUCUGCUCCAAAACGAGCUGCUGGCAGGAAGAAGGGGCCAUUUGAAGAUUCAGACGAUUCAAACGAAGACGAAGUUACAAUAGAAGAUGAGGCACAGGACAAUGAACAGUCGCAGACAGCACGUCGUUCUCGUGCUGCGCCAGCUCGGCCGGCAGGCCGCAUGCGCCAAACAACCCUGCAGCUCUCCCAACCAGCACCGAGACAGCAGCGGCCGUCGCGGAAGACGACACAACAGACGCAGCAGUCGCUGGAGCUGAGCGAUGAUGAAAUAUCCGACGACGAUGACUUUGAGCCGGCACCGACUACAAGGGACACCAUGGGGGUGAUCCGCAAAAAGACGGCCGUCCGCGGUGGUGAGGGUGGAGUGAACAAUGCGCACCAACCGGCGACACAUCCGUACCGGGUGAUCGAGCAGAACUCGUUUCCUAUAUUCGACAAGGAAUGGGGUGCUGACGAGGAGCUUCUGCUAAUCGAGGGUGCCGAGAUUUACGGGCUCGGCUCGUGGGCAGAUAUUGCAGACCACAUUGGAGGCUACCGGCACAAGGACGAAGUGCGAGACCACUAUCUUCAGGCAUACGUCGAGUCGUCAAAAUUUCCGCUUCCGGAACGAUGCAGUCCGCAGGACAUGCAACUGGCCAAUGAAGUGCCUAGGGAAGAAUUUCAAGCCAGGAAGAAGCGGCGGAUUGAAGAGAGACGGGAAGCAGCUAAGAACACACCAGCUCUGCAACCAAAGACGAAGCCAACGGCGUCAGUGCCAUCAUGCCACGAGAUACAAGGGUACAUGCCGGGACGGCUGGAGUUUGAGACGGAAUACGCCAACGAAGCGGAAGAGGCCGUGCAGUUGAUGCAAUUCGACCCCGGCGACGGCAUUAAUUCAAGGACGGGCGAGCUGGAACCGGAAAUGGACCUGAAGCUGACAGUCAUGAGGAUCUAUAAUUGCCGGCUUACGCAGCGGGUGGAGCGCAAGAAGGUUAUCUUCGAGCACAACUUGCUGGACUAUCGAGAGAACAACAAGCUGGAGAAAAAGCGGACGAAGGAUGAGCGCGAGCUGGUAAACAAGGCGAAGCCGUUUGCGCGAAUGAUGAAUCAUGACGACUUCAAAAAGUUCAGCGAGGGUCUCACGUACGAGCUGUUUCUGCGACAGGCCAUUUCGCAGUUGCAAGAGUGGCGCAGUGUGCGGAUCGGCGAUCUCGAGAGCGGGCUCAAGUACGAGCUCGAGAAGACGCAGCGGCUGCAGAAGGCGAUACCGCUGGGCAGCAUGGACCGCGAGCGGCUGGCGACAGCGCAGCGGAAUAAGCAGCCGCCAGCACCAGAGCCGCCAAGCGGAGCGGCGCGACUGCUGGCGCCCGAUCUCAAGGGCCUGGGUGCGGACCUCGAAGGCGGCGCGGCGGCGAUGGCGGCAGCAGCUGUCAACGACGAUGCCGUGGCCAACGGAGACGUCAAGCCAGUAAUCAAUGGAAAUGGAUACGCUGAUGCGGCCUCUGUUACUUCCAACGGCAUCGGGACGCCGAACGGCUUCGGCAACGGCACGGGAUCGGGCAGUCUUGCCAACGGAUCCAGCUUCAUUAAUGGCAGCGGCAUUGGCGUCAAGAAGGAGAAGAUCGUGCCACAACCGAUCGCGGGCGUGCAGCCGUUGACGCUGACGCAGGACAAUGCGGCAGACUUGCAGCUGCUGACACCAGAAGAGGUGGAGCUGUGCCAGGUGACGCGGAUUCAGCCCAAGCCGUACCUGAUGAUUAAGGAGCAGAUCCUUAAGGAGGCGCUCAAGGGCAACGGCAUGUUGCGUAAGAAGCAAGCCAAAGAGAUUUGCAAGCUGGACUCCCAAAAGGGGUCACGCAUCUUUGAAUUCUUUGUCAAUUCUGGAUGGAUUGGGAAGGCGUAG